UAAUGAUUAGAUGUGAAUUAAUUGCUAUUAUCUUAUGGUUUCAGUGGUGAUGUGGCUACCAUGCUCGAACGGUUUGGAGCUGAUAUUAAUAAAGCUAUCUUGGCUAAGAAAAAACGACUGGAGGUGUACACUAAAUCAUCAUUAAAGACCAGCAACCAAAAGAUAGAACAAGUGUGGAAAGUGCAGCAACAAGAAAGGCAAAAGCUGACUGAUGAUUACUGUAAGCAGUUUACUGGAAUCUUCCAGCAGUGGGAGAAAGACAUUCAGAAGGCCAAGGACCAAGAAGAGAAAAUAGAAAACCUUUUUCGCCAGCAACAGAAGCUUUUCCAACAAAUGAGAGUGGUCCAGGGACAAAGGCUGAAAAGUAUUAAGCAGCUAUUUGAACAGUUUCUGAAGAGUUUAGAGGACUUGGAGAAGAGCCACACAGAACAACAGUCUGCUGUACAGAGUGAACUUCGCAAGGAGAUGGCCCUCUUUCAGAAAAGGAUUUUAAUGGAUACUCAACAACAGGAGAUGGCUACAGUACGGAAAUCUCUACAAUCCAUGCUAAUGUGAUAGCAUUCAGGAGAUACACACCCUUGACACUAAUUGGAAACCAUUUGAUUAAAACAACUGGUUAUUGCAGCAGUAACUGAGUUUGUAGUUGCUAUUUUAAAA